AUGCACUACAGAGUUGUGAAACCUGGUCAACUGAUUAUACUGGAUGUCUACUGCAACCAAUUGCAUGACAUGAUGAGGAUGCUAGUGGUUAAGCAGCAGAGAUUGGUCAAAAGAGACAGCUCAAAUCCUCUUCUAAGACAAUGUUUAGAAGAACUAAACAAAGUCUGUAAAAAUGUUGAAGGAUUUUCACCAAAGCCAAUGACUCUUUUGGCCUCAUUAUUCAAAGUACAGGAUGAUGUAACAAAAUUGGAUUUGAGGUUGAAGAUUUCAAAAGAAGAGAAAAACCUUGGCUUAUUUAUAGUUAAAAAUAGGAAAGAUUUAGUUAAAGCAACAGACAGUUCUGAACCAUUGAAACCCUAUCAAGACUUCAUUAUAGAUUCUAGGGAACCUGAUGCAACUACUCGUGUGUGUGAACUACUGAAGUACCAAGGAGAGCACUGUCUCCUGAAGGAUAUGCAGCAGUGGUCCAUUCCUCCAUUUCCUGUCAGUGGCCAUGACAUCAGAAAAGUGGGCAUUUCUUCAGGAAAAGAAAUUGGAGCUCUGUUACAACAGUUGCGAGAACAGUGGAAAAAAAGCGGUUAUCAAAUGGAAAAAGAUGAACUUCUGAGUUACGUAAAGAAGACCUAAGAUUGAUGGCUAAUAAAAUCCAGAAAAUUUGGGGUAAUAUAUGUUUUUUUUAACCUUCCUUCUUAGUGAGAUUUAGAAAACUAAAGAGUAAGGGUAAGAGUUGUUUGGGGCCACACAUUACAUACACAAACGCUAAAGAGAGCCAUUGAGCAAAAAAAGUCUGUGUAUACUUUUGCUUAUCUGUGGUGGUGGAUACUGCAAAAACAGUCCUCAAAAAAUAUGCAGGGGGCCCAUGGGCUGCAGGUUGGA